UUGACCCCGAAUGGCACCCUCACUUUGGGGGUGUCUCAUUUUGUUCACACCAAUGGUGAGGUGAUACCAGAGAGCGGCAAUAACCUGCGUGGGUCUAUUGGCCUGUUCAGAAUGUGGGGCAGAGAGUUGUGUGAUGAGGAGCUGAAGGGGCCAAGCUGUGCAGAAGGCGAUGUUAUGAGAUGGGAUGAGCGGCAUUGGAAGUCUGACUGCCCUCCUGAGCCUGACAGCAGCCUGCACUGUGGUAAAUAUUUCUGCACCUUCCAAGUUCAGGAGGUGAUACUGAACAGUGUGCCUGAAAUAGAGUUUUCGAUUCAUACUGCCCUGACAACAAAGUUUGAAAAUGGCUCCAUUACCAUUCACGGCAGAGACGUGUCGAUCAAGCAAAUCGAAACAAACAAUUGUUUAGAGGAAGUAUUGUCAACAAUCUACGGCCAGUACAUAUGGCCAGAAACAUUUCCACAGUACACCGAGGAAAUAUUAUGCAAUAGGCCUACUUUCAACAGAGCCUUCAGACUUUGUAAAUUGAACGGUGAAACCGACAUAACCAGCUGGGCUGAUCCUGACAUGACAAACUGUGACCCACUAACAAUAAUAGACAUCAGCAAUGUCACUGUUACACCUGAUAACGCAGCUGAAGUUGUGGACGUGAUUCAAGACCUCGUCGAUGUUCAGUUAAGUAACAGCUCUCAGAUGUCUUCUUCUGAGCUGGGAUUAGUUGUAGGGAAACUCAACGAAGUGGUUAACUUGGACACCGUCAGGCCAGAUGUUGGAGCUGACAUUGCUGACAUUGUUGGCAAUAUCCUGCUUUCUGAAACCGAUGUCACACCAGUGGCCAACACCCUCCUUAAACUGACAGAUAGGAUGGGAAACUGCAUGGAUUUCCAAGAUGAAAUCGCAAGUAUAUCAGCUCCCUCACUGGCUCUUUCCAUGGUCAAUGUUGGUCCAGGGGAUUUUAGUGGCCUCACCUGUGGCAUAUCUCUGUCAUUUACAAUGAAACCUGAGAUUGUUGUCAACCAGAGCUUUGUGAGCGAAGUCUCAGAGGCAAACGCCACCAUCUCUUUGCCUUCGACAAUCUACCACUUCUUUCCUCCUGGAAGCAAAAACACAACCCGUGUUCUGUUUCAGUUUUAUGGAACAGAGGACCUUUUUAAGGACCCAUACAUAGACAAUGCAACGCAGGGCAACCUGACGUUAAACUCCUACAUCGUGUCGGCCAGCAUCAACAACAGCCACGUCAUCGACCUGGAGGAUCCAGUGGUGGUCAUCCUAAAGCAUAAAAAUCCCAAACAGCCAGGAGACAGGGUUCAUUGUGUGUUUUGGGAUUUCCAGAAUUAUGGUGGGCAGGGUGGUUGGAACAGCCGCGGCUGUGAAGCCCAGAGCAUUUCACCCUAUCAGACCAGCUGUCUGUGUAAUCAUCUCACUCAUUUUGCUCUUCUCCUGGAUGUUUCCAGAGUCCCCAUCAGUGAAGCCGACAGUCAGAUUCUGACAGUGAUCUCAUAUGUCGGUUGCGGCAUUUCUGCAAUCUUUUUGGGCAUCACUCUACUUACUUACCUUUUUUUUGAGAAGCUGCGUCAGGACUAUCCAUCCAAGAUACUCAUCAACCUUUCAGUUGCUAUGCUGGGAUUAAACAUGCUCUUUCUUCUCAACUCUUGGUUCUCCUCCUUCUCAAACCAUGGCCUGUGCAUAACCACCGCUGCACUCCUCCACUAUUUCCUGCUGGCCUCCUUCACCUGGAUGGGUCUAGAGGCUGUGCACAUGUACCUUGCAUUGGUCAAAGUGUUUAAUACCUAUGUGCGAUAUUACAUCCUCAAGUUUUGUGCUGUUGGAUGGGGAAUGCCUUUGGUGAUAGUCAUCUUACUGCUGGCAAUAGACAAAGAUGCAUAUGGGAACUUAAACCCUGAAGAGGCUUCAGUAGGGCUUCUUACAACUGGACAGUUCUGCUGGAUUCAGAAUGACAUUUACUUCUAUGUGACAGUGAUGGCCUUCGUUUUUCUGAUCCUGCUGUUCAACAUCUCAGUGUUCAUCAUAGUCCUGAUUCAGAUCAGACGAAUGUCAGCCAGCAAACUGUCAGCAAACUGCCGCAGCUAUCAGCAGAACGUGAGAGCAGUCAUCAGCCUCAGCGUCCUGUUGGGCUUGACCUGGUCGAUGGGCUUUUUUUCAUUUGGGCCCGGUAAAGUGGUCAUGAUGUACCUGUUUUCAAUCUGCAAUACCUUACAAGGGUUUUUUGUGUUUGUGUUCCACUGUUUGUUGAAAGAAAAUGCGCAGAAUCAGUGGAGAAGCCAUUUGUGCUGUGGACGUUUCAAACUCAGCGGUAACUCAGACUGGAGCCAAUCUGUGACAGCUGGUGACCGCUCCAAAAAAGAAGAUCUUAGUAACUCAGAUUAUGUUACCUCUGACAACACCUCCUCACUCAGGUUCCUGACUCACAACUCCACCAGGAGGCAGGAAUGA